AUGAGCGAAACCCAGGUCCAGCGCUGGCAGACACGCCAGGAUGGCCUCGACAAGCUCUUCCUCGCGUCCGGGCCCCUCACCCAGCCGGGCCCGAACGAGGUCCUCGUCAAGAUCAACGCCGUCUCGUUCAACUACCGCGACACCGAGGUCGUCAUGGGCUUCUACAACCACCACAAGACCAUCAACCCGGAGGCGAACGAGCCCAUCGUCCCGGCCUCGGACAUGUGCGGCUCCGUCGAGGCCGUGGGCGAGGGCGUCGGCGACUGGAAGGUCGGCGACCGCGUCGUCUCCAUCUUCAACCAGUCCCACCUCAAGGGCCAGAUCAAGGCCGCCGACAUGAAGUCCGGGCUCGGGUUCCCGCUCGAGGGCGUCCUGCAGACCUACCGCGUCUUCCCGGCCACGGGCCUCGUCAGGGCGCCCAAGCACCUGAGCGACGAAGAGGCCGCGUGUUUGCCGAUCGCCGCGGUGACGGCCUGGAUGGCCAUCAAUCAGUUCCGGCCCCUCGGUCAGCCGGGCGGAAAGGGCGAGGUCGUGGUUUGUCAGGGAACCGGCGGUGUCGCUAUCUCCGGGUUGCAGAUUGCCAAGGCGGCGGGCGCGACGGUCAUCAUCACUUCCUCCUCCGACGCGAAGCUUGCAAAGGCCAAGGCCCUCGGUGCUGACCACAUCGUCAACUACCGCACGACGCCUAACUGGGAUGAGACGGUGACGGAGGCCACCAACGGCGAGGGCGCCGACAUCAUUCUCGAGACGGGCGGCGCCAAGACGCUGCGUCGCUCGUUCGAGGCCAUCGGCUUCGGCGGCACGAUUGCGUGCAUCGGGUACCUCUCGGGUAAGGUCGACGAGGAGGAGGACCGGACGAACGUCAACUUGCUGGCGCUGCGCAAGACCGUGACGCUUAAGGGUCUCAUCAACGGCCCCCGGGAGAGGUUUGAGGAGAUGGUGGACUUUUAUGAGGAGAAGGGCAUCAAGCCCGUGGUGGACCGCGUCUUUGACUUCAAGGAGGCGGAUGAGGCGCUGCGUUAUUUGUUCAGUGGCGGCCACUUUGGUAAGGUCGUCGUGAAGGUGCAGUAA